AACAGCUGCGGAGUCCCGAUGAAGAAAGUCGGUGAAGUCAAUGUUCCCAAAACCGAAGAAGAGUUCACCGACGAAGAUUGCAAAAAGAUGGAGCUCAACGCCAAAGCAAUAAACAUGAUUUAUUGUGGUGUUAACGCGGAUGACUACCGCAAAAUCUCAAGGUGUGAAACCGCAAAACAAAUGUGGGAGAAAUUGGAGGUCACCUACGAAGGAACCGCGCAGGUUCGGGAGGCCAAAAUCGACCAUCUUACUCACGAGUACGAACUCUUCUCAAUGAAGGAAAACGAGAAGAUUGAGGAAAUGUUUGAGAGGUUCUCUAACAUCAUUAAUCCUCUCAAUCUUCUUGGGAAGACCUACACCGACCGAGAGCUCGUGAGAAAGAACGAGAAGGACAAGAGGGCACCGAAGAAGCAACGUGCCUACAUCUCUUGGGAGAACGACGGCUCCGGGAGUGAAGACUCAGAAACGGAGGAAGUGGCCAACUUAUGUCUAAUGGCCAUUGAAGAUGGUGAUACAUCAAAAGAG